AUGGUCAACUUUUACCUUCUGAAUAUUAUUCUGGCUACUGCAGCCAUAUUCUCGGCUAUCGUAGCCUUAGGGCUUUUUGGAUAUGUUCUUUACAAUCAGCCUGGCAUGGCUUUGAAUGGUAAUUUUUCAAUGUUACAAGCUUCUUUGGUAGUUUUUUUAACAUUAAUAAGAACGUAUCUAAAAAGAUAUUGUUAUAGUAAAUCCUUGACUUAAUUAUAUGUGCUUUUAGUCAGAAGGAACAGUGGGAACGCCCAAGUAUCAACGGAACGGCGUCCAAUUCAAAUGGAAUCCCUGGAGCCAAUGUCAAGAGCCAAACGUGACAACGGAGUAGAAACAGCUACGUCCACGGUAGACUAUAUUGAAUACCAGACCAUUGAGCCUUUAGCCGAAAAGGUCAUAGUCCAACCAGAGUGUCAGUCCAGUUCAACUAGAUGCUAG